UGGCGUACCGAGAGGGAGAGGGCGAGCGGUCGCUAGGGAGUAGGGAUGACAGAGCUGAGAAGGUCAUCCAGAGUUCGCCAGUCAGCAAAGCACGCCUCCACAUACUACAUUCCGGAUGAGAAGAACAGCCUUUUCUCCACUCCGGGGGUCCGACCGAGGGGUUGGCGGACGGCGGAUGUUGCGGUAGGUUACUUUACGGUGAAGCGAUGGGUGCCCAGGGAUCAGCAUCACCUGACGGCAGAGCUACACGGCGGCCUGACGGACCCAGCCGAGAUUGCUGCCGCCAAGCAAGCGCUUCGAGCAACCAGCAAGGCCUCCACGAGGUUCAAAUCGAGAAACAGGAUGGGCAGCGGGGCACGACUGUCUACCUUGAGACGUACUUCUGGUAGCGUUCAAGACAACACCAACUUCGGUGGAGCUGCGGGAGGGGUGUCGUCUUGGGGUGCCGUGAGGGGAAGCGAUGCAGGAAUCGGAGGUGGCGGUGGCAGUGCCACCGGCAGCGGCGUUAGCGGGGUGGAUCCAUCACCGGCUGCAUCCCCUUCCCCCCCGCCCGCUGCUGCGCCGGCCGCUGCACCGAGCGGUGACCGUGAUCGUGCCCGCGGUGGCGGUGGUCGUGAAGCACCGUUCUCAGGGGGGAUGCUUGGCGUUGACGACGACAGUAGUAAGGUUGGCGAGAGCGGCGAUGGCAGCAAGCGUGCCCGUGAGGGCAGCUGUGGUGGUGAAGAUGAUGGUUCUGGUGGUGGUCGGAAGCGGCCGGCGGCAGCGAUGGAGCCUGGGUCGGAGGAUGUGGGGGAGCCGCCCCUGCAGUCGAGAAGGAUUUCUCCCGGGGAGAAGCCGUCGCAAUCGCAACCAAAGGGCAAUGGCGGCCAGGAGGAACCCGCACCAUCCUCCGGUGUUAGCCCAUGGCAAUCGACGACCCCCGAUUGUCCUCAUCUAGCUCGGGAGGGUGAGAGUGAGGGCGACGAUAACGGAAAGGGUAAAGGUGGUAGCAGCCAGGACGUGUCAAGUUCGUCUUCGCUCUCGCAAGCACCGGAGCAGCGGAAGGAGGUGGAGUCGGCAGUGAUUGUUGCUGUCGGCGCGAAGAAGCGCGUGGGGGUGGGCGGGGCCGCAGGCGAUUCAGCGACCGUUGUCGGGGAUGGUGAUGGGGGUAGGUGCAGCGCAGGGGCCGCCACGGGGGCAAAGGCGGCCGCGGUGCAGCAGCCAUGGGGUGUGUGUGAUAGAUAGGACAUGCCCGUUCUUGUGGAAUGGUAGGAGUGUUAGAGCGAGGCUGGGCUGUUGCGUUUUGUAAGAACGAGGCAAAUGGGCCUUUGCCUACGCUGGCCUCCGUUGUCGUUUCUUGGGGCGGCGGCGGUGGCUGCGAUUAGCUUCCGGUGUUGCUUGCUUGCAGGAGCGUGUUGUUCUGUCUUUGUGCAUACAUUGGUGUCUCGUUUUAAUUAUUUUAUCCGGUGCGUGUUGGUUGUAGUCUUGCGUGUGAGUAGUUUUUUGGUGGAAGUACACAAAAGGAAUACCAGCAGGCGGACCCGAAAGCGUUUUAUAUUUUUUAUUCUUCUGUUCGGUGAAAUGUUUCUCUGCAUGCAUCGUGUUUCUCUUGUAGAAAAGAGAGCACGAUAGGCAGUGGGCACAAGGGAUCCGCUUGUCCUGCGUGGUCUGUUGGUUCUCGGGGUCUCCUCUCAUUCCGAUGCGUUGUAGACAGUCGAAGGAUGUAGUCAGCCUGCACAGCAAUUGCACAUACACGCGCGUUUAGUUUGUGCUUGUGUCUGCCAACCGAGCGCCUGCUGUGUUGUACAGUCCGUUUUAUUGUGUGGAUCGAAAAGGAAGGUGCGGAAACGGCAUCCACGGUGUUCUUUUCGGCGUAUUUGCGAACCUCUGUCGGAUGGAAGGUUUCAGGCUGUUUUGCUUGUCAGCGAGGAGCCUGCCCGUUAGGGGGUGGGGUAGAAGUGCCCUCUCCCAGCGAGAUUUUGUUUGUUUUGUUUCAAUAUGUUUGGUACACAUGCAUGUUUUUUAUGUUUCUAUUUGUUGUUUUUGUUGUGGGGUUUGAUUCGAGUGCCUAGGUGAAGGCACAAGACAGCGAAUCGAGUGCGUGUUUCCCUUGAUGUUCACACAAAGGAUCAGCAGUAGAGCGAACAGUCAAUGGCGUAGGAUUUGGCGAGCGCUCUCUCUCUACAUAUGCUGGCUUUGUUUCUCCAUUUUUUUUACAACGACCAUCCAGUGCUUGCAGUUCGUUUGGUUGAGGUUGCGAUUGUUCGGUUUCUCGGAGCCUUGGUUUGCGCCGGGAAACUUGUUCGAACGUUACCUUGCAUGCCCCACAUGAGGCACGAAAGAAGAUGUUGUUUCUUGCGAGACAAGGUGUGUAUCGUUGUAGUCUAUGCUGUUGUUCCGGAUACAUGCGAUACAUGGGUGGUCGUGUGGGAUCCAGUCUGUGCCGAGACCUGUCAGGAUUGAGUUGCUGUAGCCUUUUCCCUUCUUGAUGGUGACCGCGACGAAUGAGACGUUGUAACGCUUUCUAGAAGAGCUAUGGUAAAUAGCGGUACUGUUACUGUCGCACGUCGUUGGUCUAGCGUCUCUCUGCACAGUUGUGUACUAAUAGCUGUUGUACUGUUUUCUUGAAUCGUCAAAGUAAUGUGCCGUUUUUUUUGGUGCAAACGACGUUUAUUUCUGUUACGAGACUACUGCUGUAGGCGCCGGACUUCCUAGUAGCGAAAUGGAAAAUGCACCAAUCACUCAUGAAGAGCAAGAAGCGUUGUGAUUGGCCGGUGUGUGACAUCAGCCACGGAAAAGGGAGGAACUUGCUUUAUUUUUAUUAUUUCCCCGUUGUUGUGCGAUUUCACGCACAAGAUAGGUUGACAAAAGUAAUAGGGUUGACCGGCAUUCGCCUGGCCGCGUUCGUUUGUCGUCUAGAACAAGCUCAGUGGAAUAUCAGCUCGACAUGUUCAAGUCUACAGGUGUCUCCUUUGUUCUUGGAAGUAUGCUGCAGGUAUGCAUUACAUCAAAGAAU